AUGGCCCCAUCCAAAACCUUCUUCAGCAACUUCCGCCUCUCCAACAUCGUCAAUCUCCUCCUGCGUUCCCUGCAACUGGUCGACGGAUUAGUAGUCAUCGGUCUGUACGGGAUCGACCUGAACCGCGCGCGCAAGGAGGACAAAUACAGCGACGGCAAAUGGGUCUAUGCCGUGACCGUCGGGUCCAUCGCGGCAGCCACGGCGGUCGUGUACGCAUUCGUCUCGGUGUUCAUGCACUAUCGCAGUCUGACGUUCUUGUUCGCCUGGGACUGGGUGCUGAUGGUGCUUUGGGCCGCGCUGUCGGGCAUUUUCGGCACCAUGUAUUUGAAUGAGAAGGUUGAGAUGGAGGCAGGAAUCCACCGCAUGAAGGUCGCGGUCGGGUUUGAUCUGGCGGGGUUGGUGCUGUGGUUUGUCACGGCGGUGAUGGGGUCUUUGUGGUUCUUUAGGGAGAGAUGGGGUGGUCGGAUCUCGAGACCGGGGAAGGCAUAA